AUGGCCGUUCAUAAGCUCGACUUGUCGCUGUACCUUGGCUAUCCCGCUCCCCUCACAACCAGACGCACGCAAUCUUCCAAGAUGCCACAAGUACUCGAACUGACCAGUCUGGACGACUACGCCACCGAGUUACUCAAGCCGGGCCUUGUGGUUAUCGAUUUUUAUUCAACGCAGUGUCCGCCAUGCAAGGUCGUAGCGCCCAUCUACGAGCAGAUUGCAGCGCGCGAGAACAAUGCCGCCGUGCGGUUCUUUAAGGUAAACGGGCUCGUCGAACCAGGGACAACGAUCCAGCAGGCGGCAGAGGUCGUGUGGUGGCCAACGUUUGUGGUGUACGAGGAUGGGAAGGAGGUGUGGAGGCGCAAAGUGCCGAAUCCGCCUUCGCUGGAGCCGGUGCGUGAGUUGGAGCGGUUUUUGGAUGGGCGGGGGACAACGUCUCAGGUUGUUUGA